AUGGCUGGUGACUCGUCGACUCCGGCGACAGAAGGCUUUUUGCAGUAUCAUGAGCCGAAUAUCAUCCAAAUCCUCGUCCUCGUUUCGUUUUUCUUUUGGCUUUCCUUCGGCGAAUGGCUUUCGAAUCGCGUGUUCCGCGCUGGUCUUAUAGGCCAAAUCAUAGUUGGUCUGAUCUAUGGCCUGCCUAUCGGCGGUGAUAUGAUACCCAUCGCAUGGCAGGAAGCCUUCAUCGCCCUGGGGUACAUUGGUCUUGUUCUUAUCAUCUUUGAGGGCGCCCUGGCCGUGCGGUUGGAUCUGCUCAAAGCGAACUUUGGUCUCUCUGCUAUCGCGGCGACCAUCGGUGUGGUCGCUCCUAUUGGGCUCACAUACCUACUUCUGUAUGUCGGCUUUGGGUAUGGAGCGAUCGAAACGUUCAUUGUUGGGGCUGCGCUCUCGGUCACCUCUCUUGGGACGACAUUCGUAGUGCUAGGCAAGAGCUCAAAGGAGAUCAGCUUCGCCGAUACUAGGGUCGGUACCGUUCUUGUCAGCGCGGCUGUAUUCGAUGAUGUGUCUGGUCUAGUGAUGGCUAGUGUAAUCGGUCAACUCGGCGCCCUCGGAGGCGACAACUCCCCCAAUCUAGGCUGGCUAAUCGGACGCCCCACACUGGUAUCCGGUCUCCUCGCCAUCCUCACUCCCGUCCUAAACAAAUGGGCAAUCGCACCUCUAUACCGAAAGUUCAUCGAGCCACGCCUCCCCAAGACACGCAAACGCCACGUCGUAAACGUCAUCAUCAUGAUCUUCGUUCUGUGUGCUUUCCUCAGCAUCACAGGCUUCGGCGGCACCUCUGUCCUCUACGGGUCCUUCAUGGCGGGCGCGUUCCUCACCUAUCUCCCUUCCAAGCACCCAACAGGACCGUUCCACCCACCUUCGCGUGAAGACGCAGAAGAAGCGGAAGCGCGAUCUAUUGCCGAAGCCACCGAGUACGACGAUGCGGGCGAACCGCUCAUUUGCCCUACUUUCAUGCAUACGUUUGAGAAGUACUUCCUGGACGCUGUCAAGUACCUCUUGCAACCUCUCUUCUUCGCAUCGAUUGGCUUCGCCAUCCCCUUCAUCGAUCUAUGGACCGCAGAGGCGUUCUGGAAGGGCUUUGUUUACACGUUGCUCAUGCUUGUCUCUAAAGUCAUCGUCGGCCUCGUCAUACCUUUCGCUACCAUCUUCCGCAGACCGCCAGGUAUGUCGAUCCGCGAGUGCUUCACCACCACUUUCUGGCCGGCGAUGCUCCUCGGUUCCGCCAUGGUAGCGCGCGGUGAGAUCGGUCUGCUCGUCGUGCAGAUUGGUCUGAACAACACUCCGUAUUUAUCCAAGGAAGCUUUCAUCACCGCCGUGUGGGCCAUUGUGCUCAACACCAUCUUCGGACCUGUGACCGUAGGCCUUAUCAUCAAGUACAAGGCGCGGGCCAUUGCAGAUGGCGUGUGGGGUCUCGAGAAGACGGAGCCGAAUGGCUGGGACGAUGGGGUCUCGAGGGCGCCGACCAUCGUCCCGGAGACGAUGAGUGUGAAGGAGAGGAGUAAGAGUGUUGCGGUGUCGCAGCAUAGUAGGAUGGUGUCUGAUCCGGUGACGGUACCGAUCUCGCCUUGA